AUGGCAGCCGACUUUAUCCUUUCUGCGCUGCUGUUUUCGUGGAGUGUCUGCCCAUUGUUAGUCGCAGAAGGGGGUAGCUGCCCAACAAAUACAAGGACCUUCAACACGGGCAGUACCCAGCGGUGUUUCCAAAUCGGACCUGAUAGCGACAAGAUUACCUUUGCCAGUUACAAGACAAAAUGCAAAGACCUCGAUGGCACAAUGCUGACUGUUGACUCACGGGAUAUGGUUGAUUUCUUCAAAAACAUUCCCCAAUCCCAACAGAGUGCGAGUCCAUGGAUGCUUACUGAUUUCUGGAUUGGAGCGGUGAUGAGCGAAGGCUACAUUUGGACACACACCGGCGGAAAAGUCACAGAAAACUUGUGGAAAAAUGCUGAGUCGGCCGAAAAGGAGGCAAAAGACUGCGUAGCUCUUAAGGAUUGCAUGUGGGAACUGGUGGAUUGCGACAAAAAGGGCGUUAACAACUACGUAUGCGAGAAAGAGACAACUGUAGCUGACUGCCUGAAAACCAGGUCUAGGGAAUUUGCCAAGAAAAUAUGCUACGAAGUGUUCUACGAAAGAAACAUCGCGCAGGAAGAGGCAGAGACAAAAUGUCAGAAGAAAGGCGGCCGCCUGGCUAGGAUAGACACACAUCAAACGGCAUCCAUGGACAUCUUUAGUACCAACGAAAAGUAUCGGAUCGGGAUGAAGCUAGCGAACGCAAACAGCUUUUCAGACUGGCACUGGACUUCGACAGGGAAGAGACUGACAUACACAAACUGGAAAGACAAUCCCAGUGAUGAGGACAAGAAAUGUGCAUUCGCUAAACGGGGGGAUGGCGAUGGAUGGUUUGCCGAUUCAUGUUCGUCGAAGUAUUCUUGGGUGUGUGAAGUGAACGCAUCGCAAACGCCAAACAAGCCAGCAAUUCACCUGGACGUGGUUGGUAAAGUUGUCACAAAAGCUGUGUUGAAUGAGGGUACAGACUUCAGGUUAACUUGUACCAAGGGGCAUGGAGGACCAAUCCCGGACACGUGGAAAUGGUAUAAGAGCGGAAAAUCUUUCACAACGAGCGUCUCUGGUGCUACCUUUACAAAGACUGCAGGACCCAAUGAUGCUGGUGUAUAUAAGUGCCAGGCUUUCAAAGUUACUCAGGCUAGUGUUUUGUCGGAUGCGUUAACUAUAGAUGUCAACGAGCGUCCUAGCCAGCCCACGAUCACGGAGAAUGGUGUCUUUAAAACAGCUGUCUGGUGCAACCGAGGGGCGACUAUUAAACUGACGUGCGGAAGGGGCUGA